AUGACGUCCGAUAGUCGCGGUUCAGAGCAUCAGCUACACGUAUGCGGAGAGGUUCCCGCCGGCGAUGGAACAGUUCAAUCAGCAGAAGCUUCUGAUAGAGAAAGUCAGAUCUGUCGAAAUCUACAAGACCAGAAACAGCUUAAUGCAUCAUCACACAAUGUCGAAACAUCCAUGGCGGUUGCAGUAAACAUCGCCGGCAGCGACGAAAACAACAACAACAAUGGAGGUACUAACACAGAAGUUCCUUCUUCUAGAUUAACUCAUGGUAAGAAAAUAUCGGUCCUCCCUCUCGUUUUCCUCAUAUUCUACGAGGUUUCCGGAGGAGCGUUUGGGAUCGAAGACAGCGUCGGCGCAGCCGGUCCUCUGCUCACACUGGUCGGGAUUCUCGUGUUCCCGUUCUUCUGGAGCAUUCCGGAAGCUCUCAUAACCGCAGAGCUGGGGACGAUGUUCCCCGAAAACGGUGGCUAUGUCGUUUGGGUGUCGUCGGCGUUGGGGCCGUUUUGUGGCUUUCAGCAAGGGUGGUUGAAAUGGCUUAGCGGCGUCAUCGACAACGCCCUUUAUCCGGUGCUUUUCCUCGACUAUCUGAAAUCGGAUAUCCCGGCAUUGGCCGGAGGAUGGCCUAGAGUCGUCGCAGUGUUGGCACUGACGGUUGUUCUUACUUACAUGAACUACCGAGGCAUGAUGAUCGUCGGAUGGGUCGCGGUGGCGCUCGGGAUCUUCUCGCUUCUUCCGUUCAUCGCGAUGGGGUUCGUUUCGAUCCCGAAGCUCCGGCCGAAGCGAUGGCUGGCGGCAGACGUUCGUAACGUCGACUGGAGUUUGUACCUCAACACUCUGUUCUGGAACUUGCACUAUUGGGAUUCGAUUAGUACUCUCGCCGGAGAAGUCGAAAACCCGAAGAAAACGCUGCCGAAGGCGCUGUUUUCGGCGAUGAUCCUCGUCGUGCUUGGGUAUUUUCUCCCGCUGUUGUUCGGGAUCGGCGCGAUUCCCCUGAAUCGCGCGGCGUGGGAGGAUGGGUACUUCUCCGAUGUGGCGAAGAUCAUCGGCGGCGCAUGGCUCGGCUGGUGGGUCCAGGCGGCGGCGGCGAUGUCGAACUUGGGGAUGUUCAUGGCGGAGAUGAGCAGCGACUCGUUCCAGCUGCUCGGGAUGGCAGAGCGCGGGAUGUUGCCGAAGGUUUUCGCGAAACGGUCGCGGCACGGGACGCCGUUCGUCGGGAUUCUGUUCUCCGCCUCCGGCGUCGUGCUCCUGUCGUGGCUGAGCUUCAACGAGAUCGUCGCCACCGAGAACUUCUUGUAUUGUUUCGGGAUGAUGCUCGAAUUCGUAGCGUUUGUGCGGCUGAGGGUGAUCGCGCCCACGGCGGCGCGGCCGUAUAAGAUUCCGAUGGGAACGGCGGGGGUGGCGGCGAUGUGUGUGCCGCCGACGGUGCUGAUGUGCACCGUGUUGGCGCUGUCGUCGGCGAGGGUGGCGCUGGUGAGCUUAGGGGCGGUGGUGGUGGGGCUGAUAUUGCAGCCGUGUAUGAAGCAUGUUGAGAAGAAGACAUGGGUUAAGUUUCGGGUGAGUUCUGAACUUCCCGAUAUUCGGGCUAAUAUUCGGACAUGA